CUUUUUGCCCAGAAGUUUGGUGCUCCCUCCAUCGCCAUCUCCAGAAGAUGCAGGACGUGAGCGGCGGCGUUGCCUGGAGGGGAGACCGACCACAUCCGGAAGGGAGAGCGUGGCACGUUAUCCUUCUGUGCAACCAGGUGGUCGGUGCAUCCCGUGGCCUCGAGAUGAAAGCAGCCAUUGUUUCACGUGAGAAUUGGCUCGCUCCGAAUCCUGAGCUGUAGAUGACCCACAAAAGAUGGCGGACGCUUCCAAACCCGACCUGGAAUCCGAGUGUCCCGUGUGCUGGAAUCCAUACAACAAUACCUUCCGCACCCCCAAACUCCUGAGCUGCCAGCACACCUUCUGCAUGGAGUGUCUGGCCCACCUGAGCUUCGUAACCCAGGCAAGGAACCGCCUGCACUGCCCGCUGUGCCGCCACACCACCAUGUUACGCCUGGACCAGGUGAUCACCGACCUCCCCACCAACAUGGCCGUCCUCGGCCACCUCAAACUGGAGCCGCAGAAGCACGGACUCUCUGCUAGAGACACCCGGAGACUGAACUUUUUUCACCGUCCCCCCUCAGUCUAUACACUCAGCGGCGGACAGGACACGGAGUCCACGUAUGCUACUCAACAAACUCAGGUACCGACGCCCCCGACCACUAUUCCCUCUGACGACGACUCCUGGCAGUGUCUGCGGAACCCCCAAUUCCGUAUGUUCUCCUACCUGAUGGUGACUAUGCUGUUGGUCAGUAUGCUGCUGAUCUUUUCCAUUUUCUGGACCCGCAAGUUACUGUGGGGACCACGGUGACCCCCACAAAGUGGAAUGGGAUCUACUGAGAUGCGCUCAUUUUGGAAGACGAUGACUUUGGUAGAACACGUA